CUAAAGCUCAGACACAAGGAAAUCUCCGCAAUCGCUGGGGAAAGCUGUAUUUUUAAGAGAAACGGGAGUCCUUUGCAGCGGCAGGUUGAAGGGUUGGCUGGAUCGCUGUCUGGAAGGGCGGAGGGUGCGGUACGAAGGGCCGGGACGCGUUCCCCCGCUCAGCCCGGCGGUGCGAGAAGAGGGCCCGGGCAGGCCGCGUCGCCAUGGCGACAGCGCGGCGCCGCGGCCAUGGCGGAGCAGGAGAAGGGCCGGGAUGGCCUAAUAGCUGAAAUUGAGAAAAAAAUUACAGAAGCUUUUGAGGUGUUUGACCGUGAAUCCAAUAAAACUGUGGAUGGCAGAGAGAUUGGUUGCAUUAUCAGGUCACUGGGUUGCUUCCCAAAUGAGGCAGAAGUACAGGAACUGCUUGCAAAGAUCGAAGAACCGGAUGGAUUCGUUCAUCUGGAAAACUUUCUUCGAGUGAUGACAGAAGUUCUACUUGACAGAAGAUUCCAACCUAUUCCAGAAGAUGUUAUUCUACAUGCAUUUGAGGCUUUGGAUGAGAAUAAAUGUGGAUAUAUUACUAAAGAGGACCUGGUCAAACAUUUGACUGAAGAAGGUGAGCGCUUUACUCAGGAGGAAAUGGAGGACAUGCUCGUCGUUGCUCUAGAUCCAGAAACAAAUACUCUUCAUUACAGAGAUUACCGUACAAAGCUGGUAGUAGAUGAAACUAAGAUCUUCCCUUUUAAUGUCUGAGAUGCCUUUUGGUAACAGCACUGUGGCUUGACAGAUAGUUGAAAUAUAUAUUUUCAAGUAUAACAAAGCUCAGCUUGUGACUUGGUGCUUAUAAUUAAAAUGAAAUCUGUGAAGUUACAUUUCCUUGGGUUCUGUGUGUGUGUGUGUAUAUAUACAUAUAAAAAUAUAUUCACACCUGGAAAAAGACCUCUUGACAGAAAUGCUGUGUAAGGUCUGGAAAAGAAAUAAUGGAAUUUUGUUGGAUAAUAGCAGGAAAAAUAAUCUUAAUGAAGUAAAGAAAUAACUUUAUGACUGCUCUUGAAAAAAUAAGGGAAAAUGUGACCUGUGAGCAGGUGAGUAUCUUAAAAUGACUAAUAUUAGUGAGAUGAAGCUUUUAUAUUUAAUUGUAGUCAGUCCUUUUUUGUGUUUAAUUAAUAAGGAACCAGGUAGGUUGCACCUUUUGAAAUAAUAUAAGAGAUCAAAUAAACUUUCUAUAAUUUCUAA